ACACUUUUUACCAUACAUAAACAAGAAUGGCGAAAAAUGGUCAUGAGAUUUUAGGGAGGUCAUGAAAAUACCGCGUCAAAACUCCUCUUCUCCUUAUGUCGUGAUGGAGAGGAGGAACUCUCAGGUUGGAGAAAGACUUCGUUUGAAAGAUAGGAUUCUUGAGAGCAUCAAUAAAGCCAUCAAACAGAUUCAAGAACAGCAGUUCUGCUCUGGAGAGGAGAUCUUGACACUUUGCAAUGAAGACCGCUUGCUGAAGAAACUCUGCGAACACCUGGACCAUGCCUUUCUUCACGGGCUCCGUCACAUCACCGAUGGCUAUUGGCAGGUGGCCCAAGAGUUCACUCGCAAGGAGGCGAUUAAGGAGAUUUCUCGACUCACAAAAGUUACCACACAUUUAGGCAGAGGUCGGGCAUGGCUGUACAUGGCAUUGUGUGAAAACCUCCUGGAGUGUUACAUCAAGUGUUUCUCGGAGAAUGCCAAGGUGGUGGGAAAAUACUACGUGAAAGAUGCGCUCCUUCUCGACGACCAGCGUCUUCACAUUCUGUUGACGAUGACCGCUGGACUUGAGUUUGUCACCUUUGACCUCGAUUAUGAUGUGCCAUACCUGGACCUGGCCAGUUACAUGCCAAGCAGGAAACCAAGUCAUGCUCAUCAGGGGUCGGAGGGGGACGCAGAGGAAAGGUUGUCACUGUGUAGUAUGAACAGUGACAUCUCACAGAUGAGUCUACAAGACACCAUCCCUCGCACCACCAGUUUUGACGUAGAGUCUGUUGGUUCAUUGAACAAUAAUACUCGUCCCCUGGACCUCAACCUGAUUGUACCAUCGGACAACAGCUCCUUGGACAGCAUGAGGACUGCUGAAUACACCAGCGUCGGCCAAUCACAACCAUAUAGUCGCAGCCCAAGUCUGACAUUUGAAAACGACGUCAGGAGUCGAUUUAUGUCUCUGGAUAUGGAUGAUAUUAGUGCCGGUCAGGAUUUAGAGGUCAUAAGGGUCAAAUCAAAAUCUAAAGGUCGUAAGAGAAGGUCGAAUAGUAAGAGGAAGGAAGAGGGUGAGGAGAGUGUCCCCGCAAGUCCGAGGACGCCAUCAACACCAGAGGUCCCGCGGUUUGAUUUUCCUGCUUCAGUGGAGAAGAACUCGGACAUGCCGAAGUUGGAUGAAAUUGCAGAAUUAUCGUUGGAUAAUUUGCAUUUUAAUGCGACAAAGUUGGAAUCUGUUGAAUGUGUAGAUGGAUGUGAUAGCUCUAGUGCAAAAACUAUUGAAAUUGCUGGCCAGUUGGUGAAGUUGCGAGAGAAAUCGAGUCAGUCUAAAGCGGAGAAUGAUAACCUGACUUUUAAAGAAAAACGAGGAUCGUUCACCCAAAUUUUAGAUGUUGCGUUUGUACCAAGCGCUAUGCCAAAGGAAAAUGGACUCCUGGUUACUGAUCAGAGCGAAGGGUCUGGUGCUAUUGCACCAUUUGGAAAAAUGGACAAAAGUGGCUCCGCUACUUCUGAAAAGUUGUCAGAGAACGUAGCUGAGGGUGGUGAAGUCUGUGAUAGAAAUGAAAAAGAAUCAAACGUUUGUGCAUCUGUGCCUCGGGAAGAAAAUAUUGAAAAGGAGAGUAGAUGUGUGAAAGACAAAGGCGGAUUAAACAUUUCAGAUGAUAAUUCAAAGAAAUAUCUCAGCAUUUUAGAGCACAUGGACUCCGAGUCUUUUGACAUUUAUGCUAUGGAUUCUAGUCAGACUAGUCGCAUUGAAAAGGGAAAACUGCAUAAGGAUUUAGUCUUACCUGAAGUACCGGAAAUAUCGUUAGAAAACCCAACCCCCGAGGCGUCGAAUCAUGCAUGCGUGAGCCCGUAUGUUGAUUUAUACUGCCAAGACGGAGAAAUUCAUUCACAGAUUUUGAACAAAAGUGACAUUGAGGCCAAAGAAAAAAGAACUGGUGGUAUCGGUGCUGAGUCUAGUCCGAAGAAAACAUGUGCGUUAAAAAAGCCUUUGGAUCUUGCGGUCGGUCAGUAUCUGGAUCCAGCUUCUAUGCGAGAGGAGGGAGAUGGAGCGAGUCAAGGUUCGCCAGACGAUGGGAAUGGCCAUGACGGCCGGGCGGCGAGACAAGUGGUCAGUCCUGAUCAGCAUCUACAUGAAGCUGAAAUAAAAGUUGACAACAACAGCAUGUUGUUUCUCAUGCUUGAUGUCUUCCAAGAUCAAGAUGAACAGUUUAUAAAGAUGUACCACACGAGCCUUGGUCACAUGGAAGGCGAUGCCCAGCCCAUAUUCGUCCUGCUGACAGAUCGGGCACUCUAUCUGCUCGGGCGGCACAUGGGCGGCCCUCGUUACAGGAAGGAGGCUGUCAUCAAGUAUAUGGAACUUGAUUACAUUUCACUAAGUAUGAACUGUCAAAUCAUCAACAUUGUCUGCACAAAUCGCAGGAAACAGUUCUGGAUCACGACGGGUGAUGAAGAGUUGACUAAGAACAUAGUGAGUCAACUCGAUCUGGUGGUGCGACAAUCCGAGUCUGACCUGCCUCGCCUGAGUGUCCUGACCGACGCAACUGUUCAGAAGAUUGGCCUUAGGAAGUGGGUCUCCCAGGAUUGUCGCUGCCAGCCAAGUGAGGUGGAGUUACACUCGUACGCUCUGGUCCAUUGGGAAGAUGCAGCAUCCAAUGCUCGACCAGCCCGAGGAGUCGGCAAGGAGGGGACACUACUGUAUAAGGCGCAGGGAUACUUCGGUGGUCCGACGUGGAAACCAGCCUUUUUUGUACUCAAGGAUGGUGUUUUGUACCAUUAUAAUGACAGACAUGAUAACUCUUUACCGAAGCUCUGUGUCCAGUUAAACAGCGAAGAUUGCGGCGGUUGUCGACGGUGUACAACGACUGACCGAGAACACUGCAUUGAGAUUCUCCUCGCAAACGGUGGAUCACUACAGAUGUCUGCCGCUAACAGUGCAGACGCCCAGAGCUGGCUCCAGUGUCUGUGUCAGGCGGUCGCGGAAGGAGUAACUACGACUGUGCACAAUUCGAGCUGCCUUGCGUGCUGCUUGGUCCUCACCCAGAACAAGGUGUUAAUGUGUCACGAGGACGUGCAGACAAACUUCUUCCGCACCCUAGGCAGCGGAGACAUUGAAGACAUCACGGCGAUCACGACGGAUCCUGGAGCUAGGACGUACUGUAUCAUUGAGUUUGAAUCCCAGGAUGCCCGAGUCAGCUCAGAACAGUGGGUUCUGUACUUCAACUCCAAGGUUGAGGCGAAUAAAUUCAUGGAUGCUCUGUCAUCGGUGUGGGCGAAAAUAUUCCAAGUGUCGAUUCCUGUUCAGCGAAUCACCGAUGUUGUUCUCCAGAAGCGGUGCAGAGAGGGCGUGGCCAGGCUCAGGGCUGCCAUGAAGCAGUACAGUAUCGAGCGGUGAAUGAAAAGUGAUGAAAUCGUAAUUUUCGCGAAUUUCUUGAGGAUUUGUAAACCAGUCUGCUUCAUGUAGAACUUCGAGUUCAGAAGUGAGAGAUAUAUGCAUUUUUUAUAAUCUUUUGUGAUGGGUGGGAAGGAAUUGAAGGUGGACAGUAGGCAGGAGCUAGUGGGUUCAAUUGGUGGUCUCCAUGUCACUAGUAUGCACUGUUAGGGAGACAAGGCUUGGUUGGACUUGGUGAAAAAAAUAUUCCUUGUACAAAAGCGAAUAGUGCUGAUUUACUGUGAGAUAGUAGAGACACCUAUCAGUGACUUCGAGUAACUUAAUCUGGUUCACCUGGCUCCUGCCUGUACUCGCCCUUUAAGCUUUUGCUUGGAUUUCCUGAACUGUAGACCUUUGCUGAAGCUGUGUCUACUCUGUCUUUGUACUCAGUGGUUAAACUAAGAUUUUAAUUCUGACAUUUGGCUACGAUGUUUUGACUGCAAAAUUUAUAUCAAAAACUGUACUGAGAUUGUUUUUGAUCAUGUCUAUGAAUGCUGCCUCUGUAAAUAGCAUAAUAUUUAUUAUAGGAAAUAUUUAGUUGAUAGUUGAUCUCCUGUAUGGGAACUUCCUGGAUCUUCACAUAAUCAAAAAGCAUUUGGACAGACAGUCCUGAGGAAAUUUUGGGAGUGUUAAUAUGAACUACAUUUCCGAAUGAUUCCAUUAAGUUAUACUGGGCAUUCGUUGGGGGUUUCCAAGAAUAUUGUAUUGUCCCUGAUUUCUGUGAAAUUACGUGAUGUCAAUGGUAAUGCCUUUAGUAGCUUUCAGGACAGUGGAUUUAAGGUUUAUUUAAUCAUGGCUUAUUCAUGUAAAUAUAUGUAAUUGUUUCUGAAUAAAAUCAUGGGCAAAACGUCUUUCCGAACUUGUUUCUCUGGAUAAUGAUUUGAAAUUGUUGGUGCAUAGUCUGCUUUGUAAUGUAUUUUACAUGUCUCUGGGCUUCCGGUGGUAUUGAUGUUGUAACCUGCCACUGGGUGGCGUAACUGUGAUGUCGACUUGCCAGUUGCUUGGAUAAUUUGCAUGUUGGUGCCCUCGUUUUUUAUAAUGUUUGGUUCUUAGUAGCUGAUAUCAGUUAGCUUGAUAUUGAAAUGUUGAAAAGGUUUCGAGGAAUGACUGACAACUUUUAACAAGAUUUUACACCUUUCCUGUGGAAUGGUUUGGAUUCUCUUGUGGUGAAUGCAUUUAAUAGUGAUAUUCAUGAACAGACUUUGCUUGGUGAUCAUCUCUCUUGGGUUCAUUUAAGUGGUCCCAAAACAAAAUGUGUACCACAUCUUUAAAAACAUUACUGCCACAGUAUUUACAUGCAGUCAUCUUCUGUCUAGUUUUCUAUAACUGUGUAAUGUGGCCAACAAUCAACAUCCUUUAAUCUCGCUCCCACUUAAUUGGUAAAAAAGGGAUGAUCAUCAAAUGAUGCUUUCAUAUUGACCGGGGAUGUGAGGAAUGCUCUCCCAGCCAACUCAGCUGACAUGUAUUGUCGAUGACAGAUUGGUGUAGAAAGAAUUAUUUUAGCUCAAGCGAAGAGCUCCUUCAGUUUUCUGCAUUUAAUUGUGAUUAGAUUUGCAGCCUUGGAGCGAUUUUUUAUCAUGAUUCAGUAUGCUGUGACUGUCCUCCUUUAUCAUGGCGUUCCUUACAAAGGUUCCCAUGGAAUCUAACCCGCCAGUGGUCUUGUAACCUGACCAACUUGAUGCAUUUUGGUCAAUAUCAACAUGGAGCUUCAUUCAGAUACACCCUGUUUCGUUUUCAAUUGAUUGAACUUACUGGUUGGGUUCACUUUGGUAGAUGGGGACAGUCACAAGUCAAAAGUCUGUGAAUGUUUUUUUACAAUGACUUUGUUAUUUUUAUGCAAUGCUACAUAUCAGUGUUGCUAUAUGAUUGUUAUGAGACAUGUUUUUAGUAGCUAACAUAAGUCUUCUGACCUACUAGCAAGGUUGAGAUUGACUCGCCUCAUAGAUUCUUUAGCAUUGCGCACACAAGCGUUUUGAGUCACUGCAAUCUCUGAUAGUAUGUUUGAGGUCUCUAACAUCUGAAGUUCGUACUCAAUCUUACUGUUUAUAUGUAUCUCAGUAUGGCCUUGGGUCUCAGACGGUGACCCUGUUAUCUCUAACCCAGUACGUGUAUCUACCUGUACAUCUAUAUCUCUUGGCGUCAGCAAGAAAUAAACACUCUGUAUGAAAA